AUGUUGACCACAACCAAAGUUUAUUUCUUCAUCCUAAUUACCAAUGUUCUUGCGUACGAAUUUAGUCAGAUUCAGAUAACAAAGUUGAUACGUGCGACGGAUGAAUUCGAAGCUCACUUAAUUGCUGGUGGCGUUGUUUCCAAGCCAUCAGUUAUCAUUCCGAUGUCAUCACAAGAUGAACAAGAUACAAAGGAAGCAUACUUCAUGCUACCAUACAUCCUGUUUGAUCCGAUGGAACAAUUUCAAAGUUGCAAAGAUGGUAGAAUAAAGCUCUUCUGCCAUCUUUGUCACGACGAAGGGAAAGUGACUUUAUUACAAAGAGGACCAAAAGGUUCAUGGAACAAUGCAAGGAAAAAACGAAGUAAUCCUAGACUCAUCUUUGACAUUGAGGGACCAGUACUUCUUGUAAGCAAGAUAUAUAGAUGCAGUAAUGGACACGAUGUACCGGCAUCAUGUUGCUCCACCCCACUUAUGGAAUAUUUACCAUCACAUAUGUUGUUCAUGUUAACACAUAGAUCUGGAAUGACGAUAAGACUCAUGCAAGACAUAGAAGACAUGUUGGACAACGGACUGGCUAUAGUGGCAGUGGAGGAAAUUAUCCAGAAGCGAUACAAACGAAGUCAAAACACCAUGCUUAUAAGAUUUUUGACGGACAGAAAGGAAUUGAAAGGGCACCGCAGUUUAACUUUUAUCGAAUCCGAUUACACGGUAGGUGAAGCGUUUCCUUUUCCCGGACGAAGUCUCAUUACCAGUUUCUAUUACGGUAUGUUUUUAAAAAACGAGCAACAUUACGAAAGAGUAAGAAAUGCUAUUGCACCCCCAUUAUGGAUCAGCUGUGAUCAUACUUUUAAGUCUGCAACCAACAUCGGAUUCGAGAGAGAGGAAGACGGAGCGUGGAUUACCAAGUACUCUUCACUUUUCUGUAUACUCAACGAAAAAGGCCAAGUUAUAAGAUGGAAAUUUGCAUUGACCGAUAGUUUCGAUGACAUAAAACCUCUUUUCGAAUCUUUGGCAAGAGAUGUACAAGAAAAGGGUUACACGAUAUCAGCUGUUUAUAUUGAUAAUUGUUGCAAAUGGCGUCACCAACUAUCAACCGUAUUUCCCGGUGUUCCUGUAAAAUUAGAUCUGUUUCAUGCUGUACAAAGAGUGACGAAAAAGCUGUCAAAACGUUCUGCUACUUUCAGUGACAUGUGUAGAGAUUACUCUCUGGUGUUCAGGGAGCAGUAUGAUCAAGGCAAGGAAAGGACCUCUCCGACUCCAAAUUCUAACGAACUGAUGGCCAACCUCAACAGGUUUAUAGAGAAAUGGAAAACUGUCAAAACCUCUUCUGGAAGUUUAAUAAUGAAUAAAGAGAUCCUUAAGGAAAUCAGAAAUAUCCAAUGUCAUAUUAGAAAAGGGUGUUUAUCAAACAUUCCUCCUGGAUGUGGAACUUCAAGAAACGAGAGACUUCACAGAGAACUUAAAAAGACUGCUGUAAAGAACCGAAUCGGAGUUGACCUUGCGAAAGCAAGAUUGGAAAGAAUCAUUUACAACGAAAACAGAAAAAAAAAUACAAGUCUACCUUCUUUAGAAGAAACUGUUAUUGAGGACAUAAAAACAAAUUCGUAUUCGGCAAAUAUCUGUUCGGUACCGUGCAUUGACAGCCCUAAUGAUUGCAGAGAGGUUGACAUAAAAAUGAAUCUAAAAGAAAUGAACACUUCUCAAAUAUCGACAAUGCAAGCGACAAUAUCAAAUCUCAUGAACAAGUGCAAUGAUUUAUCGGACGGAAGCGAAUCUGAAAGCGACGAGACCCCGUUUAGUGCUCAUAAAAACAGCUUGAGUAUCUUACGUGAUGCCCUACAACUCUGUAAAAUUGCUGCUUUUCUGAAGGGAAAAUUGGGAACGAAAGUUUUCGAUUACAAAGAUAUACCCAAAUGUACUGUGCCACAAACUACAAGUCGUGAGGAGGGAAAGUUGGGUGACUCCGAUGAUAUGAAAACAAAAAUUAAAAAUAUCGCUACCUCAUGGGGAUUUGAAUGUCAACCGGUGAUAGGAGAUGGCAACUGCUUGUUUACUUCUGUGGCCACACAACUCUCAAAUUUAGCAUUAGACGUAAACGAUGGUUUGACCGCACAUCUUAUUAACAUGGGAUUCCACGAAAACUUAUCCGUAAAUGAGAUUGCAAUUCAUUUAAGAAACAAAGUCGUAGAGGAAUUGCAAGGCGAGAGAGAGGAAUACUAUCAGCAAUUCCUUCCAAUCAAUGUAGACGUAGUGGUAGAAGCAGAACAGUUGAGAGAGUUAGCAAUUACCCCUGAUGAACUCCAGCCUUCUAAUCACUACAUUACUUUGGCAUUCAACCCAACUGGCCCAGGGCAUUAUGAUGUACUCGUAACCACAUCGGGUUCGUCCACCGAAGCUAAUUUGAACGAAAGCUCUAAAACUGUGCAAAUUAACGAAAUAGCAACAAAAGCACCAAUGAAAGAGACUUUGAAAGAAAGAAAACUGUGCAGAUGUGGAGAAAAGGAUAAGCAUAAAAAAGGAUCCUCUCGGCGGAAGUAUAAAAGCAGAUGUAACUGUAUCCAAAAGUAUGGCGCCUGCAUGAAAACCUGUAAAUGUGCUAAAAGGUGCGGCGAAUUGAAUUGUGGUGGAAAUGAGGGAGCCGGUGCUGAGAAACAAAGUAGAAGAAAACGAACACGACCGAUGAACUCUAAAAAUACAUCAACACCUAAAAAACCGAAAACAGCAGCGGGCAUUGAUGAAAAGGAGAUAGGUUUAAAUGUUUUAGAGUUUUUUGUACUGCACGCAAUUCUUCUGCACACAAAAAACGAAAACGGUUUCUUUUGCGAUAUAUACUACUGCAAUAAGAUAUAUUCUUCGAUAGUUAAUCUUGUUAGUAGCUUUGCGUUUCUCAGAUGUCUUCCAAUUUUCAAGCAUUCUCUAAAAAUGUUGAGCGAUGAGAAAAAACGUAUUGAGGGUAAGAUACACCGUUCCAAUGAAAUGCAAUCCAAACGAGAAUGAGUUCCACCACCAUGCAUAAUAGUAUUUAAAAAACUAGACUACGAAAAUUGUACUUUAUCCUUAAUAGUCAAUAUAUAUAUAUAUAAUCUUAAUCGUAUGAGGAAGUAGCUGAUCCCAUUAAAGAGUGCUCAAUACACAUAUAGUGUAGUGAUAGUUAUAUAUGAAAUCAAAGAGGCAAGAUUUUGCUGUAAC